AUGGACGAAACGCAAAGCGCCAGAAUUGUAGACCUCUUUAAUUUAAAGAAAAAGGACAAGGAUUACGUCGACAAGCAGGACCUAAUAGUAAUACUGAAAUCGCUCGGGUUUAAAAUAUGCUACGAAAUAUUUGAAGACAGCAAAAACUGCUACAGCUUUGAGGAGCUGAGCGAUUACGUGCUCAAAUUUCAGAGCAACUACUACGCGAAGGAGAAGGUGGAAAAGUGCAUUAGCUUCCUGAACCCACAAAGCGAAACGAUAAGCAAAAAUUCGCUAAAGGCUAUCCUGUGUGAACACGGGAACAAGUUCACCGAAAGCGAGUUUAAAAAGUUUUUAAUUGACCUUCCGGUGGACGCACAGGGAAACAUAAGCCACGCCGACUUGGUUCAAAUCUUAUCCAACUACGUCGAGUACUGA